CAACCAUCAUCGCCACUCACUCCCAAAUCUCACAUACCUACCUUACCACUCAACUUUCACCCACCUCACUCUAAGCUUUUAAUCGACUUACACCAAACUCACCGAAACCUCACACAGCCUACACCACAUCAACCAAGCCUCAUAAACCCACAAACCCAAACCCAUCAACAAUGACAACCCUCACAAUCUCCCCCCCCCCCCCAACACCUUCCGAAACCCCUCAAAUCGCCUCCAUCCACAUCUCAUCAAUGUCCUCAAACCCCUUACUCCCGCUGCAAUUCCCCACGCCCGCCUCCCUCGCCGACCUCCACGACCGCCUCGCGAACGAUGCCCUGCAUCAUCUCCAUGACCAUGACACGCCGCGGAUCCUCGUGGCUCGCGUCGGCUCCGACGACAUGGUGGGCGAUGAUGCUACCGGCACCGACAACAGCACCACUGACAACGAAAUCAACGACAACGGUGGACGCGGACGUGUCGUCUCCUUUGUAAAAUGGGACAUCGUCCGGAGUCGAGGUCAAGGUCAAGGUCGAAGUCAUGCCAUCAAAACCCCCACCGCAUCCGCAUCUGCCAGCGGCUCACGACGCUUAGAGCCGGCCAACAUGCUGCCAGCAACGGCGGCGGCGGCGGGGGGUGAGGUGGAUGAUGGGAGUAAAGAGGGGCCUCCUCGGAAUAAACAGCAACACCAUCCAAACUCCAAGGCGGAGGAGGCGGCGGCGGCGGCGGAGCAAGAGCAGGACAACGAAGAAAGCAAAGACGAAGAGGGGCCCGCUCCAGCGAACCGAGGAUACCUCACCGCCUACGCGACCGCCGCAUCAACAGCACGUCGGGAAGCCAUGGGCUCACGGCCUUUUCUCCAUUUGACGUUCCUGUGCACUGACUACCGCUUCCGAGGCCGCGGCGCGGGGAAAGCUUUGGUACAUGCCGCUACGGAGGCCGCCAGAGCUGAGGGGCUCCCGGUGUUCUUUGAAAGCACGACGGACGCCCUGCCGUUCUAUGAAAAGUUGAGUUUCGUAACGAUUGGAGGAUUUCACAUGAGUCUGCCAGGCGGGGCUCCGUCGACGGAUAGAGCGACGAUCUACGAGGAAACCCUCAUGCUUCUUGAGAAUACGCAAGACUCGUGCGAGACCAGUAAGUACCACUGGUUUUGUGCGCCUUCACCGCGAUGAUCUGACGAGUGCACCCGGUACAAAGACCGGAUAAAUCCACGAGAAACGAUAAAUGUCGAACCGGUAUGCUCUGAGUUGUAGGAAAGACGGCCCAACAUCCGUACCCAUGGUCAUUUGCAUCGGUUCGAGAUCGUCGGGCCGCGACCUUCUGACCUAUAAUGAUCAGCAAGUAUGCCAUCACAGUAUGAUGUCGGAAAGUGGAGGGCGGAAGGCGGGUAACACUCAAUAAACACCCAGAACCAUACCCUCCUCUGCAGUGGCCGGGCGAUACAGCUCUAGACAAUUCGAGGCAGCGCAGAGUCGGUCAACUAUGCCCAGCCUGCUUUCGUUGC